AUGGCGGCGGCGGCGGCGGGCGGCCUCGCGCGGGCGGGCGGGCGGCGGCGGGGCGGGGCGGCGCCAGCUGACGUACGCGGGCCGGCGGAAGGGGCGGAAGAGGCGGUGCUGCGAACUGAGGGGCCGGUAACCAGAAGAGGGGCCGGUGCCCGGCGGCCCAGGACUCGGACUCCGGCUCCGAACUUCGGUCCCAGCCCUGGCAGAGUCCGCGAGGCCCAGCCCAGGGAAAGGAGCUCUCGGGUCCAAGCGACGCAGCUGUGCCUGCGCGAGUUCCCAGGAGGUGUCGGGGCGGUAGCUUCAUCUCGUCCCCUUCCUGGUCUCCCAGAGCUGGUCACCGAGGACCACAUCCCCGGCUCCAGGAUCUGGUCACCCCGGGACGGCCUUGUCCCCGGAAGCCGGUCAGGCAGCCUUGUCCCCGUCCACGAUCGGAGCCGGUCACCUCACGGAGGCCGCGUUCGGACCUACGGAUCUGGUUACCCUGAAAGAAGCCUCAUCCCGGAAGUCAGUCACCCUAAGGAAGCCCCAUCUUCUUCCCCGGGUCCCGUUAUUCCGAAGAGGCCCUGUUUCGUCCCCAAGGACCGGUCACCCAGAGGAGGCCCUUUCCUGUCCCUGUGCCCGGUCACCCCCGAGAAGGCCUUAUUCUCGGGAGUCGGCCACCUGAGGAGUCCCAAGUUCCAUCCCCAGGAGCUGGUCACCCUGAGGAGGCCCCAACCCAAUCUUGGGAUCUCGUCAACUCGAGGAGGCAGCGUUCGUUUUGAGAGCCAGUCAUCUGAGAAGGCCUAAUGCCUGGGGUCUGAUCACCCCAAAGAGAUCCCGUCCUGGUCCCACAGGGCCAGUCUUCCCAAGGUGGGACCAGUGCCCUGGCCGAGGCGGCUGCAGAGAAAUCUCUGUAGACGAGCAGGCCCAGACAGCAGGUGCAGAGCAAGUGGAGCCUGCACCCACGCAGGUUCCAAGAAGCCUCCAUACUUUCUUGUCCCCAAAAAGGCAAGUUGAGUUUUUUCAUUUCUUAUAACUUCACCUCAAAUAUUGGCCAGUAUGAUAUAUACAUAAGUAAAAUGCUCUUAGUAUUUUGAUAAGUGUGUUUAAUUUUUUAAAAAACAGACUUUAGCAAGUUAAGCCACUUAAUUCAUACACGAAGUUAGUGAUGAAGCCAGGAUCAUGCGUUAUUUAGAAAUAGUCAUUUAAAGCCACAUUGAAUACUGACACCCAAAAUAUUCAAAUUUCCUUCUAUAAUCCACUGUAGGCUCACACAUUUAGGAGUAGUAGUUUUAAUCAGUCAUUGUAAUUGAAUCUAUAGCACUGUGCCCCAUAUUUACUCUUCCAUGUUCUAUUUUUGUUUCUUUUAUUUUUUUAUUAUUAUUAUUUUUCGCUUGUUUUUGUUUCUUUUAAAUGGGCUUGCUUUUAAAUACUUUGGUGCCAGUGUCUGGGGUUCUGAGAAUUAAUUUAUUUUCACUUUAAGGCAGUGUAAAGGACUAAGGUUCUUUAAAACUGCUUUUUUGCCUUUAAUGAUGUGGAUUUAAAGUCCUGUUCUCUUCAGAAGUAUGGAUUCAUUUUCUCUUUCAAGUAUAUGUUGUAGUUUUAAAUUGUACAUCAAUGGGAAAGCAUAAGUGAAUUUCAUUAAGUGCAGAUUUCUCAGGCUUUUCAAGCAUAAAAGGAGUUUCCAAAUGUUUGGCUGACAAACAUUUGAUACAAUCAAUUGGUUACCACCUCAGCUGAAGAAUUGGUUACCAUUGCUAUACUCAUUGAUUACUAAUUUUCCCUUUCCUAACUCACAACAAUCAGGAGUUUUUUGGUGUCCAUUCUUUCUAAAAUCUGUAAAGAAUUGCCUGUGUCCCCUCUCCACCACUGUGGAAAUACACAGAGGCCUUCCUAGCGCUUCCUGGGUAUCCAAGACCUCUUGCUCUCCGCAUCAGCCAUUACCGACACAAGAGACUCAGGCAUCAGUCUUCCUUGACUCCCACCCUCUCUUUUGGGAGCUGCUAAAGAGUAAGUAGACAAACAUCCACAGGGAUACUUUGGAAGACAACACUCAGCUGGGCAUAUAUUUUCUCGUUUGAAUAGAAGAACUUUACAGUCAUCCCUUACCUAUUGCCUUAUGAAAUCUUAAAGUUUUGUUUAUUUAUUUUUGCCACAUUGCACAAUAUGCAGGAUCUUAGUUCAUUGACCAGAGAUUAAACCCAUGGCCCCUGCAAUGGAAGAUUGGAGUCCUAACCACUGGACCA